AAAGUGCACCGAUGCUGCUGUUUUUUUUUUUAGCUUUAGCCCUGAAAUGUGCCUCCAAAUAUGCAGGAACCGACACGCGGGGUCACACGGAUUUAAGUUUAAUUUCACAGAUCUACAGCAGUGAGACAAACACGAUGGCGGACUUUGAUCGUGGCUCGGAGGUGGGCUUGUCGCGGAUACUGGACUCUCUGCGUUUCUGCCGCGGAUCGGGUUGUUAUUGUAGCUAGCGUUAGCGUGAAAUUAGCUUACCCCGCUGUCUGUCUUCCCUCGGAGCAAAACCAGCCCAUGUUGAUUCAUUCCUGCGGGCAGGGAAACCACAAACCAAGCUAACUCCAGAGAAAGUUGUGGAUUUGACGAAAACACCCCGGUACUCCCUUUGCGUGGUGCUAAUUUUGCCAUCAAGACCUCAUUUGGUGAUCUUUGACAAGGUUGCAGACUUGCAUAGUAAUAUGGGUGGAUUAUUAUCUGACAAGCACGCACAAGUCCAUCGUAUUGAAAUGUCACGAUCACCUUUAAGGCUUUCAAUCUAAAAUGUAAGAAGAUGGGGCAACAACAACAACUUUUGCAAGGGGUGUGCUGUGGUUUUUGACAAGAUGAAGAGACGAGAAGUGGACCGCUGAAGUGAGUGUCAUCUAUCGCCUGCAGAAGUCAAAAACAUGUCUUGCAAAGCCGCAACCAAGGACAAGAAAACCAGCUUUAGUAAGAAGCUGUUCAGGCGAGGCUCGGUCAGGUCUGUGGGUAGUUUUAUGAGUAGAUUUCUCCGGACGCUUACAGCUUUGUCCCACUUUGGAUCAGAAGUACAAGCAGAGGACGACAAGGAUGAUGGGGGCUUUUCCACAUUUAAAUCUGGGAAUAAGGAUAUCCCGAUGGAGGAUGGGGAUCUGUUCUUUUCUGGAGACAAGAUCCCGGGAGUUUCAGGGCUCAAGAACCACGGGAAUACCUGCUUCAUGAAUGCAAUACUACAGUGCUUGAGCAAUACAGAUCUGUUUGCAGAGUACCUAGUUUUGGAGCACUAUAAAGAAGAGGAGCAAAAUGAGGAGAAACCAAAGACUAACGGGGUUCAUCUGCAGAGGAAAGGACCAUUGGCCAAAGGGGAGGUGACCGAGCAGCUGUCCGGGCUAGUGAGGGCUUUGUGGACAUUUGAGUAUACUCCGCAGCAUAGCAGGGAUUUCAAGAGUGUAGUGUCAAAAAACGCCUCUCAGUUCAAAGGUAACGCUCAACAUGAUGCUCAGGAGUUUCUGUUGUGGCUGCUGGACCGAGUACACGAAGACCUCAACACUGUAAACCCCAACAGCCGGCCAGCAAUAAAGCCUCCAAUAGAAGAAGACGACCAGAGUGUAGAGGGACCGUCUCCUCCCCUUUCCGCUGGGUCGUUUGUGCAAGAGCUGUUUCAGGCUCAGUACAAGUCAUCUCUCACUUGCCCCCAUUGUCAAAAACAGAGCAACACCUUUGACCCGUUCCUGUGCAUUUCCUUGCCCAUCCCACUGCCCCACACACGUCCACUGUAUGUCACUGUGGUGUACCAGGGGAAGUACUCUCACUGCAUGAGGAUUGGAGUGGCCGUGCCUCUCAACAGUACAGUGUACCGGCUCCGAGAGGCUGUGUCACGUGAGACUAAGAUCCCCAUGGACCAGUUCGUUUUGACUGAGAUGUACUAUGAUGGUUUCCACCGCUCAUUUUGUGAUGACGAGCACGAUCUUAACAUCAUCCAAGAAAGUGAUUCCAUCUUUGCUUUUGAAACACCAGAGACCUUCAAGCUGGAAAACAUCCGUCACAAAAGAGGGAGUCUUCUGGCAAACUUGAAUCAUAAUAACUUUAAGUAUGGGACAGAGAUGAGCAGGACUCCAUCGUUCAUGCAAGGGGCUAUGACUCCUCUAACUGCAUCUCCAAACAAAAACCUCGGACCAGAGAAAAUGAUCCUCUUAGUGUGUAACAGAGCCUGCACUGGACAUCAAGGAAAGAGAUUUGGUUUGCCGUUUGUGCUAUACUUGGAGCGCACUGUGACCUGGGACACGCUGCAGAAAGAGAUUUUGGAGAAAAUGCGACAUCUUUUGAGGCCCGGGGUUUAUAUUCAGGUGGGACCGUUCAGUCUCAGGGUGGUUGGCGUCGUUGGAAUCACCUACCUCCUUCCUCAAGACGAGAGGCCACUGUGUCACCCAACUGUGGAUAGAGCGUAUAAGUCCUGUGGGCAGGGGGGACCCCCUCAUGUGAAGAUUGUCGUAGAGUGGGACAAAGAAACCAAGGAGUAUUUGUUUGGACACACAGAGGAUGAGUACAUCCCUGAUGCUGAGAGUGUGUACCUGCACCGUGAGCAGCACCACCAGCCCCAGGCCUGCACCCUUGCACAGUGCUUCCAACUCUACACCAAAGAGGAGCAGCUGGCCCCGGAUGACGCCUGGCGCUGCCCUCACUGCAAACAGCUGCAGCAGGGACGCAUCAAACUGAGUCUUUGGACCCUGCCCGAUGUGCUCAUUCUGCACCUCAAGAGGUUCAGACAGGAGGCAGACAGGAGGGUGAAGAUGCAGAACAUGGUACGGUUUCCUCUGAUUGGCAUGGAUAUGGCGCCCCAUGUGGUGAAGAGGAGUCAGAGCAGCUGGAGUUUACCCUCACACUGGUCACCGUGGAGACGACCUUACGGCCUGGGAAGAAACCCUGACGACUACCUGUACGACCUCUAUGCUGUGUGCAACCACCACGGGAACAUGCACGGAGGACACUAUACUGCUUAUUGUAAGAAUUCAGUGGAUGGUCAGUGGUACUGCUUUGACGACAGUGAAGUGACCCCUGUAGCAGAUGAUGAUGUGUGUCAACAGACGGCCUAUAUUCUGUUUUACCAGCGAAGAACCGCCAUCCCGUCCUGGUCGGCCAACAGCUCUGUAGCAGGCUCCACCAGCUCCUCUUUGUGUGACCACUGGAUCAACAGACUUCCAGGGAGCAGACCGGCCAGCCUUGCCUCCGGAGCUUCCUCCAGACGCACCUCUCUGGCCUCUCUUGCCGAGUCGGUCGAGUUUCCAGGAGAGAGAAGUGAAGAUGAUGGGGGCUUCUCUGUUCGUCCGUUUGUGCGCAGUAUCCAGCGGCAGAGCAUCUCCUCUCGCUCAUCCAUUGCCAGUCCAUUGGCCCUGAGUGACAGUGGGAUAAAGCCCUCAUGGUCCCUCUCAGCCAAACUCCACAUGAGGUCCAACUCCCCCUCACGCUUCUCCCUGGACUCACGCUGCUCUCCUCCUCUGGAAAGGAUUGGAGAGGUCUACGACGACAAAGUGUCCACCUCCUGUUUUGGCAGCUACAGUCGUCAUGAGCGUUACUUUGGCAACAGAAGUCCUCUGUCCAUGAUUGAGAGUAAUGUGAGUGAACAGGACAACAAGCGCUUCCUGGACCUAAUGCACUGCAGAGCCCCUACCCCAGUGGACAAAAAAGGCCCCAAAAAUGAGUCUAUGGAAAACAACAAUCAGAUUUCAGCUGUUGACCAAAACUUGAUCCCUCCUCCGGCCACUCCCGCUAAAGAGCAGAAACGCAAGAGCAGCAUUGGGGGCUUCAUGUCAAAGAGUGAAGGCACGAACACCUCCAAAGGAAGUAAAGAUGGUAAGGCUGAACCAGAGAAAAGCUCCAAGAAACGUUUGUGUGCAUCUCAUAAGUGUGUAACAGAGACCCCUCCCACCACUCCUGUCAAGGGGAAAAAGGCGAACAGUACAAAAGAGAGAAGUGUCACUAAGAAGAGCCCCUCCACACCCUGCAGCACGCCUGUGAAGACCAAAGAGUCUAAGAGCACAGAGCUAACGCCACAGCACAGGGCGUGUCUGCGCUCUCCGCCCCAGUCCUCUGCUUCUCCCUCUCCAACUGUAAAGAAGAGCUCCAUCAGCGCCAGCAGCACCCGCAGGAGCCUUGUGGAGAGGAGCUUCAGCAGAGACUCUAUGCACACCAGCCCCCUGGUGGACAGUGUGCGUAACAGCCCCACACCGCGCUCCUCUCCCUCUAAGACCACAGAGGCCCGCCCAGAGAGGAGGUUUGUGCGCAGCUCCAGCAGUAGCUCCUCGGUCACGAGCCUGCGCUCACCGAGUGUGUCCACUAGGGACUUGCAGCGUAGCAGUAAGUCUGAGGAGAAGGGCUUGUCCUUUUUUAAGAGUGCCCUGAGACAGAGGGAGAGUCGGCGCUCGGCAGAUUUGGGCAAAAGCAGUGUGCUCACUAAAAAGGCCUCUGAGAGGACAUGCAAGCAGAACGGACACGUCAAAGAUGUUAGCACUGAUGGGAAGACAGGAGAGACCUCUGUAGACAGUUCCACAGCAGAGACCAAGUCUGACUCCAAGUCCGAGUCCAAGUCUGAGAGCAAGGAGUCUUCCAAAGCCCCGAGCUCCCUGAGCCGCAGCCUGCUCUAUGUGGGCCGCUCCAAGUCUUCCACUUCUGACGUCACUCUCAAGUCUCCCACAAACGGGAAGAAGUCUCUGGAGAAAAAGGCGUCUUCCAGAAAACUGGCCUCAAAUGUCCAGUCUCCUGCUCGCACAGCACACAGGCCUCAGUGAUACAGCCCAUUUCAAACAUAAAGCAGCUAUUUUCUUUGUGCCUACGUUUCAGUGAGAGCAGCAGAGAUGUCAGACAUGUUCUGAUUUAUAAUCGGUUUUGACCCAUACAUCAAUAUUGGUAUCAAAGCAUUUUAUGACUAUGUUCAAGAUGAAGGUAGAAAACAAAAGGUCACACAUGAGUUUAAUACUCAGAAUUCUGGUGUAAAGAUGCCAUCAAUUCUCCAGAAAGUAAUGGUGCUAACCUCAAUCAAAUGAUAUUUCUCAAAACAUGUCUGACAUGUCUGUUGUUUUCUAAGAAUCAGAGUUUCAUUCUGAAAUCUGUGAUCUGUUCUUAGUCCUUUUCAGGAUUGUUUUAAACUGGUAUUUUCAGGCAUCUGUCCACACCUCAUGGUUUCCAGUUUCUGUUUUGGCUCUGUAAAGCUGUGUGGUGUGUCCAGAGGUUUUGUCAGAGCUAAAAGAUUAUUCAUAACUAAUGAGCAAUACACACAAACUGUUCAAGGACAGACAACAGAAGGCUGGAAAGAUUGUAAGUUAGGGGUCUGAAAGAGUUUAAUAUUUUAUUUUCUUGUUUACGAUGUAGAUUUACUAUAGAAAUGUAUUUUUAUUAAAAGCCUCUUGAAGGCUACGCUUUUUUCCUCAUAAAAGAUGCUGGGUUUUGGAUUGAGACACUUUUGAAAUAUCAGACAGUUAUUAUAUAUUUAAAUGUACAUAUAAAGUAUAUACAUAACAAUAUCUGUCAAAACAAGUCUUAUCAAAGCGCCUUUAAGUACACAUGGAAACAGAGUAGUACUACUGUAUGCAUCAUAAGUAGAAACAUUACUUGCACUUUGUAGUUAUAGUAGUUUUUCACCAAGCAAGAAAAGAUACUCAGAUAUUUAAUGUAAAAAGUUAUGAGGAGGUUUUUUCUGUAUUCGGGUACAGUUCUCUCUCAGUUUGACCUGGUGUUGGACAUGUUCUUCCCCAUCUGCUGCAUUACUAAUACUACUUUACUUUUACUUGUAUCCAUCUUGCAGUUGUAUACAAGCUGUCCCAUACCAAUGACGCAUUAAUGCAUUAAUGCAUUAACGCAUUAACGCAGACCAUUCAUUGAAUACUUUGUCAUUGUGAGGAAUGACAAGAGCAGUUGCAAUAUUCAAAAUCCUUUACAUACCAGCAGAGUAUGCUUCAUAGACAAAUCAGUGAAUGUGUCAAAUAUUUUUUCUUACGAAUGAAUGAACUUUUCCUUGUAGCAGACAGGUUUGCCAUAGUCUCAGAUGGUUUAAGGACCUCCCUGUCUCAAAGUCCUCAGUGUGUUGCCAAGUUAGCUUCACAGAGCUUGGUGUUGAGUGCAGGGGUCCUGUAGCUGCUGUUUUCAUUCUUUAUCAGGAAACUCAGAGCAUGGCACUUUGAUUCACAACACGUCUGCUUUCUUUCACCUUGUUUGCCUGUUGGUAGUACCUAACGUGUGCUAGAUCUUGUCAGAAUGAUAUCAAACACUACAUUUAUUAUAUAUGGGAUUGUUCAUACCUGUAGCCAAAUGCAGUGCUGUACUUUUUGUUAUCGCACUGGCUGUCAUAUUGUGAUCUUUGUGCAGGAGAGAGAUCGUAAAAAAGACUUAUUAUAUUCCCCUGAUGCAUACUUGUCCUGAAAUGUAGCUGAACAUAUUCUAAGUUUAUUUUUUCUAUCAAAGUAAAAUCUACAGAUAGUAUUAGAUUUUGAGUUGUGUACAUCCAAACAAUAGUGUGUAUUCACCGCAUUGCCUACAGUAUUCAUUGUCCUUGUGUUGUAAGAGCAGUCAUACUGGUGCUGGACCAUUAGCUUCCUGCUGCUGCAGUGGAGGCUCUUGAAAAGCUGUCUCAAAUCUGUAGUUUUGUCAAAACAAGCAUUUAGCAAUAAAACCUCCAUCUCAAAUCUUAGUUCUGAAGUCACUAAAACCAAAUGUGCUGCAUUCAUGAAAGAGCCAGGUCAAACAUUCAAUAGAAAAUGUGAGAUAAAUCAAUGGUUUAUAAUGCCAUACAAUCAGCCCUCUAACUCCUGUGGUCGUGUGCCCGUUGUACAGAGGAGAGAGUGCAGUGUUGCAUGUAGUGCUAAUGCAUGACUUCAUUAACUAUGCAAGAGCCUAUGCUGUGUAUAGAAGAGCGCGUGCAUGACAGGUUUAGUCUAUGCCUAAUUUGCACAUCAUUACAAAAGAAAUUGUAAAGUGAAAAACUUUAGAAUCUGAAGUUAUUCCUAAUGUAAAAUCUGACAUUUUUUACUAGUUGUUUUGCCAUUCCGUGUGCAUUCUGGGUGCUCCUGCCAAACUGGUAGGUUAUUUCCACAGUCGGUAUCCACCAGCAAAGUCGAUUCAUCUGGUCAACUUAUAUCAUAACUACAUUUAAUGUUUGUAUUAUAGAAAAUGCAAAUCAAUAUUCGACAGAAUUGUGACAUGUAGCCUCAGUUUAAAUGUGUCUAGUUCACUCUGCAGUUCUUUGUUAAACAAUGGCAAUAACAUCAAAUAGUUUUAUAAUCCUCAAUGGAAAAUAUUACAACUUUGACAGAAAGACGUUGCACAAAUGUUUAAUUUUAUGCAGUUUAUCAGUGGUUUCCAAAUGGGAUUAAAGCAAGCUGUUCAAAUGUAUAAAGGCAUCAUUUGAAUACGGAAAGGUUUAUUUUUAUUGUUGAGAGAUUGUUUUCUGCCCAUGUUCUGAUCUGUUGUACUCUUACUUUGUUUACUAAUCACAUUUUUGUGACAACAUUCCUGUUUUCUGGUUGUCAGUUCUAACCACUAAGACCAAAAUACUCAUUGUUCCUUCCACAUUCAUGAAAAUUAUAAAUUCAUGAUCUUGAUAACGGACAGUUUAACCCCCUUCACUUGAAUGUUAUUGCAGUCAAUUGGGCUACAACAUUGUUAAGAGAAAAUAAUGUGCUGAUUUAGCGUUUUUUAUUUUUUACUUUUUUAUGUGAUCUUGUUAAACAUUUUAUAUUGUGUUAUUUCAUGCCUUUUUAUAUUUCUUUUUUAGUUCUAGUGCUAAAGACACAUCAGACUCACUGUCUUCAUGUUAAUUUAUUUUUUUUCGUGUCUUUGUCAUGUAUGCACUUUUAAGGGUUUUUUAUGUUUCCUAAAGGACAUUGUGUAUAUAGUUCUUUGUUGGAAUUCCCAGGCCAAUGGAAAACCAUUAUUAAAAAUGUUCACGUUGCAAA